AUGCAGCAUUUCACAAGCAGCAAUUCGUUUCAACCGCCGCUGCUCCACCAUCAGCAACAACAACACAAUGGAAUGAUCAUGCUUGGAUCGAAUCAUCACCUGAAUCAACAACCUCUCCAAUACACUUCAGUACCACCAACUUCGACCAUUCUACAGCAACCACCACAACAACCUAUUUAUUCUGUAAUUCCGAACACCGCAUCACACAACUUCCCAACCGAUCAUCAUCAUCACGAACAACAACAUUUAGGUACGAUCACUCAACCACAAGGUAUGACCAUGAGAGAAGUAUUAUCACAACAACAACCUUUACAACAGGCUCCACUAUAUCCCAUACCCCCUAGCAAUUUAAAUUAUUCAAACACCAACCAACCAACCACGUCGCAUAAUGCUCCAUUCAUAUCUGGACAAUCUUCAACAGUGAUCAAUAAGCGAAUACGAAGAGAAGAUAUGGAUGAAAUUCCUAAAAAUCAAGUGUUCCGAAAGUUAAAGCCGAUUGUACGAGCUGCCACACCAUCCCCCAUAAUUGCAACUCAUCAAGCGAUGCAUGACAUCAUCCCAAACAAUGUCAUAAUGUUUAACCAACAGCAACCAACAUAUUCGGAGCAGUUUAUGCACACAAAUCAAAUUGCAAUUCAGAACGAAUCUAUUCCAAUGAACCGCCCUCCACCGUCCAACAAUGUACAAAAUACGCCUCAAUCGAUGGAAGGAGCGUUUGUAAAUCAUCAUUCGAUGCCACCUGUACCAAGCCACAUCAUUCAUCAACAGCAAGAUCCUUAUCACCAUAAUCAACAAUUUCAUUCUCUUCAUCCUGUUCAUCAUCAACCUGUUGUCACAAAUUCAAGCCCUCACAAUAUUCUUCAACAACCUUCCAUGGGGCCAAACCAAAAUUCAUCAUCAAAUCAAUCUUUGAAUAUUCGUCAACAAGUUCAUGCAGCAUUUGAAAAUCAACCAUUGCCUAAAGUUUUACUAAGAAAAUUACCAAAUCAUGUUAUUGAUGCAUUGGCCAAGAAAGAUCCAAAAAUCGCUCAACAACUACAAGAACUGCAAGACGAGUCUAUUUUACCACAAAUUCACACACCCUUCAGAAAAACGCAAGAAUUAGACUUGAAAGAUCCUAAUGCUGGAAACAACAUUAACUCUCCAGUCACAAUCGAUGAUGAUACUUUCAUGAGCAACCAAGUUGUUGAAGAGUCUGUCCAUCCUUCCAUCUUAAAAUUGGAUGAGGCAUCUUUUGAGCUGAUAAAGUCAAAACGAAGUGAUGCUCAUAGUACCACAAACUCUAAUGGAGAUAUUGUCUAUGUUGUAGAGGACGAUAAUGAAGAUGAAGAACACGAAGACAAUGAAAUGAAAGCAGAUGAUAAACAUGAAAAUCACUCUGAACCACUUAAACAAGCGGAAGAAGAUGAUGCAGAACCUUCGGAUCAUUUAAUUUCUGAUCAUGGAGACAUGCAGAAAAAUCAAGAAAUACAGACAGAAACGAACACUUCUGAGAUUGUACCUCGUUCUCCUGUUCAAAUUCAAAGCACUCUAGAAAGUGAGAAACAUUUAUCGAAGGUUGAUCUAUAUUCUUGGAGUUUUGUUUUUGAGCAUGUUCCCAAUGACAAACUCUAUGUUUAUUUGAUGGGCAAAACUAGUCCAGACUCAGAUAGAACCUACAAAUCAUCAUUUAUUGUGCAUCGUAUCAAUCCAAAGACCGUACGGUCAGAAAAUGAAACAACCUAUGUUCUAGCUUCUGAGAUGAAUCAUGAGAGAAAUUCUGAAAACUUGAAUGUAGUAGGAAAAGAGUUUUUAGACAAAUUUUGUAAUAGUGCAGAUGGGCCAUUUCCCAAGAAUUGGGAUGACUUGUUAAAAAAAGAGUUUUUAAGGUUGGAAAAAUCCUUAACAAGCCCCAAGUCUAAGAAUCAAACCUCUACAGUUCGUGACAAUGUUAACAAAAGCUUUGAAAAGAAAUCACCCGAUAAGCAAAAACAUUUUUCCCCUAUUCCUCCUCAAAAUGAUGAUUUUAUGGAUGUAGGAGGAGGAGGAUUUGACAAUGACGAUCUCUUUCAACCACCUCAAGAUGAAGAUGACAAACAUCACCAUGACGAUGAACCAUCGCCCUCUUCUAAGAAACGAAUCACCAGCAAAAAUUCUGCCAAGAAUCAUAAUUAUCGCUCAGAUGAAGAUGAACAACAGCCAAUUGAAGAAGAGGAUAUUCCAAGUGAUACACCAAAAAAGAAAGCUCCAAAAAGAAAAAACAGCUCAACCAAGAAAACUCCAAAGAAGAGAAAGAAAUAUGACAUUAGUACUGAUGAAGAAAGUGAUGAGGCAAACUAUAUACCUGAAGAGGAGGAAGAAAAGCCAAGACGAACGAAGAAGAAGAAUGAGACAAUCACCCCUUCAACAAAAUCCAAAAAACUUUCUCAAACCUCUAUCACUUCCUACAGCAAAUCAAAGAAAUCUAAACAGGAUGACUCCAGUGAAGAAGAAGAAGACAUUCCCACACUAGAUGUUGAACUUGAAGGGAAAUUAAUGGGCUGGAGAAAAAAUCCUACACCACACCACACUCCUCCCAACAAAAAGAGUCAAAAUGCUCCUCAAGACAUUCCCAUUGUUCACAAAUAUUAUUAUACACCUCCUCCUGGAUUUUCAAAAGAGACCACCGAAGAAAGUCCACACGUGGAAAAUCACUCUGAUGAACCAUCUCCAAAACCUAAGAAAACAUCCACCAAAAAACGCAAAGCCCCUAAGUUCUCAACAACAAUCUCAAACAACCAAGAUCACUACACUCCUAGAAGUGACAAAGAAGAACCCAAUAUUGUUACUCCAGACGAUUUGAUCACAGUACUUCCACCAAAACGAACCUCACCAAGAAAACCUAAGAACACCAAACGAAGAAAGAGAAUUCCUUCUCAAUUAGACUGCGUGGCAAUAUUUGCUGGUAUUAAUGUAUCAAAUGGGAAAAAGGCAUUGAAUCAAUAA